AUGGACCUGCUGCUGGUGAUCUGCGUCGCGUUCGGUAUGCUGCGGUGCGACGGUGCGCGAGCGGACUCCAUCAUUCACAUCGGCGCCAUCUUCGAGGAGAAUGCAGCGAGGGAUGACGAGAUUUUCCAGCUGGCCAUCUCAGACCUCAGCCUCAACGAUGACAUUUUGCAGAGCGAGAAAAUCACACACUCCAUAAAAUUUAUUGAGCCUAAUAACCCCUUCCAGGCAGUUCAAGAAGCGUGUGAGCUGAUGACACAGGGUAUCCUGGCACUGGUGACCUCAACUGGAUGCGCCUCGGCGAGCGCCCUGCAGUCCCUCACCGACGCCAUGCACAUCCCGCAUCUGUACAUACAGCGAAGCGAUGAUGGCUCCCCUCGCACUGCCUGCCCGCUGAAGCCCAGCACUGACGGGGGACGCUACACACUGGCCGCCCGGCCUCCUGUACGCCUCAGUGAUGUCAUGCUCGCACUCAUCGAUGAGCUCCGCUGGCGCAAGUUCCUCGUCUUCUAUGACAGUGACUACGAUAUCCGUGGACUGCAGGGUUUUUUGGACCAGACGGCGAGACAGGGUCUGGACGUGGCUCUGCAGAGAGUGGACAGGAACAUCAGCAGUGUCUUCUCCAAUCUGUUCAGCAGCAUGCGCACUGAGGAGCUGAACCGCUACAGGGACACGCUGAGGAGAGCCAUUCUGUUGCUGAGUCCUCGUGGAGCUCAGGUCUUCAUCCAUCAGGCUGUGGAAACCAACCUGGCCUCCAAAGACAGUCACUGGGUGUUUGUGAAUGAGGAGAUCAGCGACAGUGAAAUCAUGGAACUGGCCCACAGCGCUUUAGGAAGGAUGACGGUGAUCCGGCAGAUUUUUCCGCUGUGGAGAGACAGCAGUGUGAACUGUAUGAGGAACAGCCACCGUAUCUCCUCUCUGCUCUGUGACCCUCAGGAGGGAUACCUGCAGUCGCUGGAGGUGUCCAACUUGUAUCUGUAUGACAGCGUGUUGAUGCUAGCCAACGCCUUCUACAGGAAGUUAGAGGACAGGAAGUGGCACAGCAUGGCCAGCCUGAACUGCAUACGGAAAUCAACCAAGCCCUGGAAUGGAGGCUGGUCCAUGCUGGAGACCAUCCAGAAGGGUCGCAUCACUGGCCUCACUGGAGUUAUGGACUUCAUGGACAAUGGAUCCAACUCGCAUGUUCAGUUUGAGAUUUUAGGCACGAGCUUCAGUGAGACCUUUGGAAAAGACAUAAAACGGUUAGCCACGUGGGACUCGGUUCACGGCCUCAACGGGAGCUUGAAGGAGACUCGGAUUGAGAACGGCAUGCAAGGGGUUACGGUCAAAGUGGUCACACUGCUGGAGGACCCAUUUGUCAUGGUAGCAGAAAACAUUCUCGGGCAGCCCAAAAGGUACAAAGGAUUCUCCAUCGAUGUUCUUGACGCCUUGGCGAAGAUCCUCGGCUUCAAAUAUGACAUCUACCAGGUUGCAGACAGCAAGUAUGGCUCUCAGCUUCACAAUGGUUCCUGGAACGGCAUGAUUGGGGAACUUAUUAACAAAAGGGCCGAUCUAGCCGUGUCGGCCAUCACCAUAACACCUGAGCGAGAGAACGUAGUGGACUUCAGCAAACGCUACAUGGAUUACUCCGUGGGGAUCCUGAUGCGCAAACCGGAGGAGAAGAUCAACAUCUUCUCCUUGUUUGCUCCAUUUGACCUCGCCGUCUGGGCCUGCAUCGCAGCAGCCAUCCCUGUGGUCGGAGUCCUGAUCUUCCUGCUGAACCGCAUGCAGUCGCUGCGCUGCCAGAAUCCUUCAGGAGCUCCUCCCAGCUUGUCCAACUCCUUACACAGUGCUGUGUGGCUUGUUUACGGCGCCUUCGUGCACCAAGGCGGAGACUCGGCAGUGGGUUCAGUGGCUUUGCGGAUCGUGAUGGGGAGCUGGUGGCUCUUCACCUUAAUCGUGUGUUCAUCGUACACAGCUAACCUUGCAGCGUACCUCACUGUGUCCCGCAUGGACAACACCAUACGGACGUUUCAGGACCUGGCGAGACAGGUUGACUUGGAUUACGGCACCGUGCGGGACUCGGCGGUGUAUGACUAUUUCAGAGCCAAGGGCACGAACCCACUGGAGCAGGACAGCACUUACGCUGAGCUGUGGAGGACCAUCAGCAAAAAUAACGGCCAGGAAUACUCCGUGUCCAGUCCAUCCGAGGGCAUCCGUAAGGCAAAGAAAGGCCCUUAUGCAUUCCUCUGGGACAUGGCAGUAGUGGAAUAUGCAGCCCUGACAGAUGAUGACUGCACUGUCACCGUCUCGGGCAACAGCAUGAGCAGUAAGGGUUACGGCAUCGCUCUCCAGCACGGCAGCCCUUACCGAGACCUCUUCUCCCAGAAGAUCCUGGAGCUUCAGGAGAAGGGUGACCUGGAUGUGUUGAAGCAGAAGUGGUGGCCUCGUUCGGGUCGCUGUGACCCGGGCAGCCAGCGGGGGGCGCCGGCCGAUGGCCGCUCACUCAAACUGCACAGCUUCGCCGGCGUCUUCUGUGUGCUGGCCGCCGGGCUUGUGCUGGCCUGCCUGGUGGCCGCCCUCGAGACGUUCUGGAGCAGCAGCAGCAGCCACUGCCGGCGAGAGCAGCCCAAAGAGGACAAGGAGGUGAACCUGGAGCAGGUGCAUCGGCGCAUGAACAGUCUCAUAGACGAGGACAUGGCGCACAAGCAGAUCCCCGGGCCAUCUAUCGAGAUCUCUGCCCUGGACAUCGGUGGCAUGCAGCCGAGCCAGGCGGCACGGGAAGCUGGCCGGGAUUUCGCGGGCACAGCUCUAUCCGUGAGCACCUUCCUGCCAGAGCAGGCCCAUGGAGUGGGCAGGACACUGGCGCCAGGGCCUGGCACUGUGCUCCCCCUGCCCCUGGGCAGCUCCACCAUGCCCUCCUCCAUCCAAUGCAAACACAGGGCUCCCAACGGGGGUCUCUUCCGGCAGAGCCCCGGCAAGACACCCAUGCCAAUGCCCUACCCACCAGUGGCAGGAGGACCCAUCCCCGAAGCCAUUGAUCCCACCCAUAGCACGUCCAUCUGACGCCACAAGGGGGCAACUUUCUUGUGGGAUGAAGCAGGCUGUGGCAGUACGGUUGGGUGUAAUGUAUAAAAAGAACAAAGAAAAAAACCACACACACACACACACACACACAUAUAAGAGUGGAGGAGAUUUUUAAUAUAGAUACAAAAAAAACAAAAAAGAUCUUUUCUUGUAAAUAUUUGUAAAUAACAAAAGAGCGAAGUGAGU